AUGUCUGGAUCCAAUCCGGGCGGCGGUGCCCCGACUCACCCCGCCCUCCUCCAGCCUCCCUUCUUCGCCGUCGACGGUAUCAGCCCUAGCACGCCAAUAACGUCUCAGAUGGAGCAGAUUGACCAGCUCAACACGCUGCUCCUGCAGGAGAUUGACGCGAAUUUCGCGCGUUUCCACCAGGUCGUCACGGCGCGCAUCUUGCCCGAAAUCAAGCGCUUCUCGCUCGAGAGCCGGACGACGCGCGAGGCCGCCGACUUUCACAGAGGGUUCUACGAGGCGGCCGCACAGGUGCAGACGCACCCGCACGGCGAGGACCCUUCCCAAAGCACAUCCCAGUCCGAGAUCUACGCGUCGUCGCCCCAGCCGACAGAGUACGACGACCACACGUUCACGUUGCGCCGCGGGGCCGAGGACUCGACCGUCCACCUCGAUGACAGGACACAUGCCGAGGGCUCGUUCAUGUUCGAGCCGGGACCCGGAGCUUCGAGCACGCCUCUGCCGUCGCGGACGGCCGACCCCGACGCUAGCUGGGAGGAGAGCAUGGGCAGUCCGUUUGAACGCGUCGACCGACAGCUCGGCGGCCUCCGGCUGGAAGACACCAGCAGCGACCUUCCGACUCCUUCCCUGCCCAGCGGGUACAGACUGCCAAACCUUGGCAGCGACAGCUCGACCUUCAACGCGAGUACAGGGACCGUCGACCGCGCCGAUGUCCCGUCCUUGCAGUACAAGCCCCAGCCACCCGGCGGCGGGUCGACGCCCCGUGCUGCUGCUACAGGGCGGAGGACGCCGACCAGGAGCGGCACAAGCUUCCUCUCGGCCAAGGGACACCCAACGCCGCGGCUCAUCGACCUCAGCAAUACCCCGCUCAGCGCCAAGAUCUCGAGGACGAACCCGUCUGGGCCGCUGCGGUUUGACGACGACGACGAUGACGACUUUGGCAUGUCGCCUCCAGUCACGAUGAACUUUGGGCGGCUGCCGUCCCUCCCGCCGCGGGCGCAGGCAAUAUUCAGCGCAGGGACGCCAGCCAAGGCUUCUGCAUUUUCCACUGGGCCUGCAGCCGCGCCGUCGUCAACCAUCUUGGAUCCAGAGCCGCCCGCAGAGCCGCCAGCUGCCGUCGUCGAGCAGGCACACGAGAUUGGAGACCUGCUCGACGAGAUUACGCGCGGCUACGAUGACUACGAGCCGAGCCCGCGGAUGCCGACUCCCGCCGGGCUCGGGCGAUACUCUAUCCUGCCUAGCGACUUUGGUCCCGGGCGGCGGCUGUUCGAGGAGAGCCCCGUGGCGCCGCCCGAGGCCGCGCGCUCCAGCCGCCCUCGCCAAUCGGUCGCCAACACGAGCUAUGGCAGCGAUAUCCAGACGACCAACGAUGGCCCAGGCCAGUUUAUCGACGACGACGAGUCGUUUGACGACAAUGACGACACGUUCAGCUCGGCCGGCGGCGAGACGGUUCACCAGCCCGUCGCGCAGCAGGCAUACCUCGACAACAGCUACUUUUCUGAUGCGGACGGCGACGCGUCACUGUAUGCUGCGCAGCUGUAUGCUGCGCAGAGAGUCGAGGUCACGGAUACGCACGUUGGCGGAGGCGACGGUAACGACGCGUCGCUCGUUUUUGGUCGGCCCGGCGGUGGCGCCGCCGGCCAGGCGUUUGCGCUUCUGCAGCAAGACGACAUGGUCACGUAUCAUGGCGGUCGACUCGAGGACGCCCAGAUCCCAGGCAGUCCAACUCGCCGACGAUCUUGA